CACUUACAUUUCGAAAGAAGAGUUUAAACCAAAACGGUCGAGGUAACAAGUUGUGAAUCUAUAAAAUUGUAUUAGCCGUAAUACGUGGUUGUCUUAUUAUUUUGUGUGUUAACUAAAAUAGUGUUAAGCAAUGGGGAACGUUGCAAGUUAUUUUUCUGGCAAAGAGUCGUUAGAGGAGUAUGUUAUUUGUCAAACUGACGAAAAAAUCGUCGAUGGCAGCCAUCACACACCAGCACGUUGUGGCAAAAUUAUGGCAGCAAAUCAGUUAUGUGAUCCUAGAUCACCAACAUUUGAUAUCGAUCGUACGCCUAUCGAGUUUCAAGUGGAAGAUGAAGGGCCAGUGGACCCAAGAUCUCCAUCAUUUGGAAUUAUACGUACACCAGUGAACCCCACUGUUUAUAAAAUUCCAGAUGUACUAGAAGCUAGUAUUGAAAAAGAACGAGAGGGCCUGAUUCAGGUUCUGAAUUUUGCCGAUUUGGACUGCCUCUCUCUCUCUAACAUUGAAGAGGAUGAUUCCAUAGUCUCUGGAGAGGUUCCUGCACGAAUGGUCAUUGAAGAUCUUUCUGUUCCAAUGAUCACUGAUGAACUUCCUGCCCCAUUUAUUGAAGAAACUUUGGACUUUUCCUCCCUCGUCAUUGCGGCGUCGAGCACACCGACGUCAAGCCCAGUCAAAAUUUCUAGUAAAUCUAGACGUACCGUCACCAACAACGUCGUCAUCGAUGAAAAUAGUUUCGGCAAGAGCAACAGUCCAGUGAACGGCGGAAAUUCUCUGUUGGCUCGACCCCGAGUUCCUUUUGGUGAUGUUAACCGUCCUUCGUUGGCUUCCCCUCGUCUUCAAUUGCAACACAAACAAAGGCAUGUUGUGCGAACCGAAAUCCUUCAGCAUCAACAGCGGUAUUGCAACAAAAACGACUAAUCUAUUAUUGUCCCUUUUAUCUUCGAAAACAAAGAAAAUUUCAACCCCGUUUGAUACAAGUGUAGCUCGUGCACAAUAAAAUCAAAUUUUAAUUCCA